GACAUAAGGACGAGCUGCUCCCUGCCUCCAAGAUCGAACAGAAGGAGCCGCCACCUUCUGGAUCAAAGUUGCCACCACCUGGACUGGCAGCCGCCGGCGCCAGCGACUCCUGGAUUCGACGGUGACUCCUCCAUCCAGCACCAGCAGCAGCAGUCUCUCCUCGGCUCCUCGCAGCUGUAGGUAGCAACCAGCAAGUGGCAUGGCUUCUGGGAGCGCCACAGCUGGUAGCCAAUCGUCCGUGGGUGAGAGUGAAGGCCGUCUUGGUCCUGGUGCUGUAGAUCCAAGGUAUUCUCUAUGGGCUUAUGUGCAGAAGCUUGUACCAGAAGAAGCAAAUGGUGAUGGUGCAGUUGUUGCCUCUGGUAGCCGUGGAGGAAACGCCAAGUUCCGCUGCAAUUUCUGCAAGAAAAUUUACCCAGGCAGCUAUUCAAGAGUGAAGCCUCAUCUUCUUCAGAUAACAAAGAAAGAUGUAGCUACAUGUGACAAAAUACCACAUGCUGCCUUUGAGCAACUUUGCAAGGAAGACAGAGCAGCUGCUCAACUCCUUCAAAAUGGUCCAACCAGGCAUACAAUUCCUUUACCCCCCUAUGAUGCAUCUGCUCCAACAAGAAAAAGAAAGCAAACAUCUAUUGCAGAGAGUUUUAAUGCUGAAGUCCGGCAACAAGCUGAUGCUCAUAUUGCUAGGAUGCUUUACACUGCAGGGCUUCCAUUCAAUCUUGCAAGGAACCCUGACUUUAGGGCAGCCAUCACCUUCAUUGCAAACAACAGCUUGGGUGGGUAUGUGCCUCCAGGAUAUAAUUCAUUGAGGACAACUCUUCUUGAUCAAGAGAAGAAGCAUAUUCAGAGGAGCCUAUAGCCUAUUAAAUCAACAUGGCCUUACAAAGGAGUGACCAUUGCAACGGAUGGGUGGUCUGAUCCUCAAAGGCGGCCCAUUUUAAACUUCAUGGCUGUGACAGAAGGUGGUCCAAUGUUCCUAAUGGCAAUUGACACCGAGGGAGUGAUAAAAACCAAGGAAUACAUCUUUGAGAAGCUAAAGGAAGUGAUCGAGGAAGUUGGAGUUGAGUGUGUGGUUCAAGUGGUGACCGACAAUGCUGCAAACCGCAAAGCUGCUGGGUUGAUGAUUGAAGCAAAGUACAAGAACAUAUUCUGGACUCCUUGCAUAGAGCACACUCUCAAUCUUGCAUUAAAGAACAUAUGUGAUCCGAACAACAACGAGGGAGACAAUUUCCAUCUCUGGUUCAUCGAAGAGGUGACUGAGGAAGCUUCUUUUAUCAAGAACUUUGUCAUGACUCAUAUCAUGAGGUGGUCUAUGUUCCACGAGUUCAACAAGCUCAAAUUUCUUCAAAUUGCAGACACAAGAUUCGCAAGUGUCGUGAUCAUGCUCAAGAGGCUUCUAUUGAUAAAGGUUGCACUUGUUCAAAUGGUUGUUCAUCCUAAUUGGGCUGCUUAUAGGGAGGAUGAUACAGCUAAAGCUCAAAGGGUUAAGGAGCAUGUUCUCAAUGAUAUUUGGUGGGACAUAAUUGAAUACGUCGUUUCUUUCACCGAGCCUAUUUAUGCAAUGAUAAGGUUGGCUGACACGGACAAGCCAUGUCUCCAUUUGAUCUAUGAAAUGUGGGAUUCCAUGAUAGAGAAGGUCAAAAUGCCCAUCUAUAGGUUUGAAGGAAAGGAGGAAGGUGAAGAGUGUAUCUUGUAUGACAUUAUUAAAGAGAUCCUUGUUUCCCGAUGGACCAAGAGCAAUACCCCUUUACAUUGUCUUGCUCACUCACUAAACCCAAGGUACUAUAGUCCAGCUUGGAUUAAUGAAGUCCCUGGCCGUAUCAGCCCUAAUGCUGACCAUGAAGUUACAGAAAUGAGAAACAAGUGCUUUCAGAAGUUCUAUCCAGAUCAAGAGGAUUUCAAAACCAUCAAGAAGGAAUUUGCUGAUUUUGCUCUUUUCAUGAAUGCCUUUGAAAAUCCAGAUUCUAUUGAAGAUAGAGCUGAUUUUGAACCUCAACAAUGGUGGGGUACUCAUGGAGUCAGCACAAGGCUACUAAUUUUUUUGCAUUGAAGGUACUUGGGCAGCCUGCAUCUUCCUCUUGCUGUGAAAGGAAUUGGAGCACAUAUGGUUUCAUCCAUAGUUCUGGAAGAAACAAGCUAACACCUGCUAGAGCUUCCGAUUUGGUGUACACACACAACAACCAUCGCCUUCUUUCAAGGAAUUCUCAAGCAUAUCAAACUAGGCCAAGCCGAAUGUGGGAUGUUGGGGGUGAUGGAGUUGAGUCUUUUUCUGGCGUUGGCAUGCUUGAAGCUGCAGAUCUUUCACUUGAUGAACCAGAAUUGGAGGAGGAAAUCAUUGAUUCUCUGACUUGAGUCUACUUCCAUUCACUCCUUCAGCCAUGAGAGAAUGAGACUAUGAGUCAUUCUCUCCAUUUAUGUUUGUAGUUGUUAUGUAAUCGACUUAUGAACUACCUAUUUGCCAUUUGAACUAUAUGUGUAUGAGACUAUGUGGCCAUAUGAGCCUUGCUAUUUGUCAUGUUCUUAGACUCUUAGUGGACUAUGUGAGCUUGUCAA